AGUCACCUCACAUAGGUAUGGCUGUGGUUCAAAUGUCCAGGCUGCGAGUGGGGACAGAUGGCUCAGUCCUCGUGCCCACCACCUGCCCUGACCCUCUGGGAAAUAGGCAUAAAUCAGCAAUGUCUGCCACCCGAGGAGCUCCUGCCAGGCGUCCGGCUUUGUCACACCCCCAGAAGGCAGGCACUGCCAUAUACCCCCAUUUUACAGAUGAGGAAGCAGAUUAGAACGGGUUUGAGGAUUUGCCGGGGAGGGGCGUCUGGGGCCGGAGGCUGGACCGGAGACACCUCUCAGCCCUCGGCUUCUCCCAGCAUCUGGGGGCAGAAGCAGCCUCUGCGCUGGAGUGGGCGGGUGCUGAGUGCAGACAGGCCUCCUGGCAGCUCUCCCCGCCUCCUCCAGCUCCGGAGACACAGCCACACGCCUGCUCCGCCGUCUUCCCCGGAGCUCCUGCCUGCCCACCAACAUGCCUCCCCCUGUCCUGGCGUUGGUGAGUGGCCAGGCGCUCUCUGCUUUCCUGCUUUGUGGCACACUGCUGGUCAUCAAGAUGUACGUGGUGGCUGUCAUCACGGGCCAAGUGAGGCUUCGGAAGAAGGCUUUUGCCAACCCCGAGGACGCCCUGAGACACGGAGGCCUCCAGUACUGCCGGAGUGACCAGGACGUGGAUCGCUGCCUCAGGCAAGUACUACGGGGCCUCGACCUCCCACGGCCUGCCCCUCCAGGCCCAGCUCUGAGCAGCGGGACCUGGGGGAUACCCAGAGGACUGAGGUCUUCUGCCUUCCUGAUCCCCUCGGACAGUUCUCAUUUAUUCAUGGAUCCAAUUUCUAAUUAAUUGUGGAAAAAUAAUACCGGCUCAUGACUCAGGAUUCCAGAGUUGGAGAAGGCCACUCAGUGAGAACUCCCAUCUCCCCCCAGCCUCUGACCUCCAGGCCCUACCCAGCUCCGCUCUCGGGGGGCAAACGUGGUGUCUCUGCAUCCUCCCAGGGACACGUCCUGCACUGACAGACGCGUGCUUUUUCCUUUUUGCCCCCAAAGGGUCACCCUUCACCCGCUGAUCCAUUCAUGGGGUUUAUAACCCAUCAGCU